AUGCAUCUCACGGCCACUCCCAGGCUCAGAACCCUCUCCCUCUCCCUCUUCCUCUUCUUCACCAGAGUCGCUCUCGUCCGACUCUGUAUCUCCUACCUCAACACUUCUGGCCCUGGACUUUCGCGCCUUGGAGCUGUUCCAUACGUUGAUGGUCUGCCUCAGCCGCACAUUUCCACCGGCCAUGACGUCGCGGCCAAUGCCAGCCACUCCGCUGGUGUCCACGUUGCCAGAGGCUGGAGCUGGAACUGGAACUGGAGGAGAUCGUCGCCUUCCUGCUGCUCCUCUACCGCCUCGAGCCACUGCGUCUGUGGUGUUCCCAAGUCGUCUCCCAGCCUCCUCGCUGUAGUCCUUCCACCCGCCGUCCGCGUCAUAAAGACAUCACCAAUAACAACACCAACACCAACAAUCUACGACUCAAUACAUCUAUCAUCAUCAAUCAGUCUCCUCAAUCCCCUUCCUCCCAUCGAGGUAUCUGUUAUAAUAGACGACCUCCGUAUUGUCAGAAGCGCCACGAGACUUCUUCACAAAGAGGACAAUAUCCCCCUCACCGACACCGAAAUCGUACAAAUCCUCAACGCGUCGCGUAUCGUCGCCGACUUCUCCCGCGGCUCCGUCGACCAAGGCCUGCUGAAAGACGACGUCGAGAUCCUCCUCUUCGCAGCCGCGCACGCCGAUUCUCCACUUGAAAGGCUGGGAGACUUUGCCGAGCAAAUCUGUCUGGCGCGUCAGGACCUCUCAAAGGAUGAUGUGGAGUUGUUGAAGAUAUACGAGAGACAGCUCCUGGAAUGGAGGGCCGCCGCUGGAACGGACGAGAGCCCCUUGGAUGGCAGGGAUAUAACCGUGGUCAAUACACUGGGGAAGAUGCUCGGGCGUGACGAGGAGAGUUCUAUCCUGUCGCCCGUCGCUGGUGGAAGUCAGGUUGGGGAACGCCCUGGGGCCAACGGCUACGGCGACGGCUACGGCUACAGUAUUGGCGCUGGCGUUGCCGCUCUUGAUCUACGCUUGAGCAGACUCAGACUAGACCGUCGUGCUCCAGACGCCGAGAGCACCAUCUCCAGAACCAGUGUCGCGUCUUUACUCCGUCUUCCUGGGGUACAAGACUUUGCCAAACGCGGAAACAUGUCCCGUCUCGACACCAACACCAGGGAGAAGAUGGCACAGCACAUGCGUAAACGGCCAGAUAUCUACAGCGCCGAAGGGACCGAGGUAGCAUCGAACCAAAACAUUGCUGCCAGCGCGACGUCUCUUCCGCGCCUGCCGACUCUCCCCGUCCUUCCCAGGUUUGCAGAGAUCGGGCAGGGCUCGUGUGUCCUUCCAACGACGCUCGAGGAGACGCAGCAGGAGAUCCUGGUCGGGCUUGACGAGGAGGAGAGGGCGUUGCAGUGGCUUGUGCGCAGGAGAGGGCUUUUGUGGGCGUUGAAGAUGCGAAGGGCUGAGCUUUUGAAACAGACGGGAACGCAAGUGGGGGGUGAACUUUAG